AUGGUGGGGUUUUCGUUACUACCGUGCUUUUUAAUGCCAGAUUUUACCUGGCCAAAUCGCAUUUCACGUACAGUGGCCAGUGAAAUACCAGAAACACCUCGCGCGUCCCAUCCUAAAGUAUUAUUCUCUGAAUAUUAUUGUCGCUGGGUUGGGGCUACUUUUGAUAAUCAGAUUGCUCAGCUUCCAUUUGGGCUGAUUCUGAAGUGGUCCGAUGGUACUCGGUUAGAAGAAGUCUUGACGAUGGAGGCCGCCAGAAGAGCAGGUCUCCCAGUUCCGAAGGUGAUCUGCUAUGGAGAUCGUCCAGAUACUCCGCAUGCUCCAAUAUCAAUUCUGAUGACUCGCAUUCCCGGUGAUGAACUUGGUCGUGUUUACAAAACGCUAACUGACACCGAACGAGGCUCGAUCCAAUUGCAAUUAAAGGGUUAUUUGGAAACAAUCCGUAGAUGGAAAAGUCCGUGGGGGGAGAACAGGAUCUGCUCUUUGGUAGGUACAGCUAUUAGGAGCGUCCGUGUACCUAAUCAUCUCGUGGCCCCUCCGAGUCGGAACAAAAGUUCAACGAAUACCUCCGGAGCACUGCUUGGUCAGGCGGAUUCCCAUCAGAAACGGAAUACAACGACGCACUUGAUCGUGCCAGAAAAAUGGAUUCGAUGCCUCAUCGUAUUGUUUUCACACACGGUGACCUUAAGCUUUCUGGACUGGGAGUCAGCCGGUUGGUAUCCUGAGUAUUGGGAUUUUACCACAGCACUAAGGUUCAUUCCGAAAGAUUACUGGUGGUACAGCUUUGUGAUAGGGCUUGGGGGUGGCCCAUACAUGGCAGAACUGGAUUUUGAACGGGCGUUGACUUCUCUAACAGUUGAUUCGUAUUGUUGGUGA